AUGCGUAUGCAUCCUAAGUUUUACGUUGGGCGUCUCCCCCCGAACUAUCAGUACGAGCCCGUUUCGAGAGGCGAACAACACCUCCGCGGUCGAGAGCCGAGACCAUCUUCGAGUGGUCCCGUUUCAACGAGCCAGUCUGGUCGACUUUCGAAGCGACCUGCCCAAGCAGUUGAGCGAUGUCCUGACGAGCUGCAGUCAGCUCGUCGCAAAGAGAACGAGUCGAACCUUCGUUCUCAAGUUGUGCGAGCGAAAACGCGGCACGAUCGUCCGAACGAUCGUGCGCCAAUGAAUUGUAAUUAUCCUUUACAAGAUCAUGGAGCUAGUAACGCCGAGUCCGUUCAUGAGCCGGGUCAUCGUGUAACUGUUCCGUUAUACGGUUCAGCUCCUGAACAUCAAAAAGAUUCGACCCUCGAGCCGGAUCAGGUGGUCCCGCCACCACCACAUCCUUUGGUGGAUUCAGCCGGUGAUCAACGCUUUCUAGUGAGGCGUAUUUUGAACCACCGCGACGUGAAUGGCGUCAGGACGAGUUACCUCGUCCGCUGGCGUGGCUAUCCACCGGCCUGGGACAGGUGGGUUGAUGUCCUGGGUCUCGUCAAGCAAUAUGACGAGACCGACCCGCUGCGUUCGAAGAAUGGCCGUAAACAAGACCUCCCCGAACGCGAGUACAGGGAUUGCAAAGUGUCAUUUCUUUCGGCCAUCUCAGAAGAGAUGCGCUCCCUCCAGUAG